AUGGCAGAUCAAGAUACACGAUCAAGCAAGCGGCAGAAGUUUAACGGCGGGUCUGCGGCUGGCAACAAGUCGAAAUAUCGCUCUCAGGCCGCUGCCAAUGGCAGGAAUGCCAGCGGCAGGAAAAAUUACGGGGCGAGUCUGAGUGCCUCUGGCUUGAUUAGUGGUGAUGUGGGUAUCUUUGUGACGUGUGACAAGGGGAAGGAGAAGUCGGCUUUGAGGGAGAUGGCGGAUAUGCUCACCGAGGAGAUGGAUCUUGAUCAAGAAGACGACGGACCUAGCGAGUCAACGCCUCAAGCUGAUCUGGCGGAGAAUGGCGAUGCAAGUCUCAUUAACCAGAACCCAGCUUCUCCAGAAGGAAUCGAGGACGAGAUCAAACGCGAGCUUGCAGAAUUGGUUGAGAACGACAUUGUUGAUGGUUCGAAGAAGCGGAAGCGCACUCGUGCCGACGACAAUCGCAACAACGACGCGACUGAGGACCGUGACUGCAAAAAGCCGCGACUCGAACUUGUCACUCUCGACAUACCUUGCGUGACAUUUAUCCGCUUCCCGACUUCCACGAGCAGAGUAUACGACCCAGUUGACAUCGUCACGAAGAUCUGCAAAGACGCCAAAGCCGACCCGAGCCACCAGCGCAGUCGAUUCGUGAAGCGCUUGACGCCGCUGAGCAAGGUGCGCAAGGUCAUGAGUGGUGGCGUUGAGGAACUUUGUGGGGAGAUUCUGCCGGCUGUCUUCGGCGCAGGAGAUGGUGCGGAGGAAGGCAGUGAGGACGGAUCAGGGUAUAAGUACGCCAUACGUGUCACGGUACGGAAUAACGACAAAGUCAAGAAAGACGAUAUCAUCAAGACUGUGGCGGAGGAGGUGCGGAGGCUGGGGCAGACAGAUAGUGAGGAGGUUGUAAGCAGGCAUAGGGUUGACCUAAAGGGCUAUGAUAAGUUGGUGUUGGUGGAGGUAUAUCGCAACGUGGUUGGGAUGGCGGUUGUGGAUGGGGAAGGGGACAGGGGAUUGAGACGGUUCAAUUUGGCAGAGAUCUAUGCUGAUGGGCGGCGGGAGGAAGAGGCGGCUACCGCACCGCAAACUGCCAAGGAGGCACCCGAGACAAUCUGA